AUGGGUUGCGCGCAAUCGAAGAUCGAUAACGAGGAGGCGGUCACGCGAUGCAAGGAGCGGAAGAAGUGGAUGAAGGAGGCCGUCUCCUACCGCAACGCCUUCGCUGCCGCCCACUCAGCCUACGUCGUCUCCGUCAAGAACACCGGCGCCGCCCUCAGCGACUAUGGCCGGGGCGAGGUCUCCCCUCCCAGCCAUCACCCCUCCGAUACCGCCGCCGCCGGCUCCGCCUCCUCCUUCGCCGCCCCCUCCGCCGCCGCCACAGCCAUCCAGCCCCCUAUGGAGAAACUCCAACCGCCCCCUCUCCCGCCCGUAGGGGACUUACUUCCGGCCCCGCUCCAGCGCUCCGCCAGCUUGCCGGAACUUGGGAUACCCAAGAUCAAGAAGAAGGCGCCCAUCGACGCUUCCAUUCGUGAGGAGGAGGAGGACGAAGACGCCGCCCCCGCCGAUGAUCUUCCCUCCACCGCCCCUGCAGGCAGCGACGCUUCCCCUGCCCCGCCACCUCCACUGCCGUCCCAGCCGCAGCGCAGCACCACCCCGCCUCCGCUCCCAAUGCCGGAAUCCAAGGGCUUGGGGCCUUUGGAUUACAUCUUCCGUGCCGAGGAGAACACGCCCCCUCCCACCCUCAGCCAGCCCGAGGAUACCUGGCCGCCGGCAGAAAGAAGGGAAAUUGAGGAGGAGAAGAUCGUGACCCCGGCUAUUCGCCUUCCGCCGCCGGCCGUGGGCAACGACAUCCGUGGUGUUGAACCCCCGGUGGCACCGGAGAAGAUGGUCGCCGAGCCUGUGCCGCCGAAGGCCGUGAAGAAGCCGAAGCGGGGUAGUUCGGCGCAUCACCACCAUGCUUUGUCGGCUGGGACAUCGGAGUCCAAGAAGGGCAAGAUGGUGGCCGUCAGCGUUCCUCCUGUAAAUUUGCUACAGAUUUUGAACGAGCUGGAUGAUCAUUUCCUCAAGGCAUCAGAGAGUGCUCAUGAUGUGUCCAAAAUGCUGGAGGCCACUCGGAUGCACUACCACUCCAAUUUUGCUGAUAAUAGAGGACAUAUUGAUCAUUCUGCAAGAGUUAUGCGAGUUAUCACAUGGAAUCGCUCAAUUAAAGGCAUGCCCAACCCAGAUGAUGAAAAGGAUGAUUUUGACAAUGAUGAAUUGGAAACUCAUGCUACCAUUCUAGAUAAGAUGCUAGCAUGGGAAAAGAAACUAUAUGAUGAAGUGAAGGCAGGUGAGCAUAUGAAGACUGAAUAUCAAAGGAGGGUUGCUUUACUGAAUAAACAAAAGAAGCAUGGUGUCAGUUCCAAAGCACUGGAGAAAACUAAAGCUGCUGUAAGUCAUUUGCAUACAAGAUACAUAGUUGAUAUGCAGUCCAUGGAUUCAACAGUUUUUGAAAUCAACCGUCUACGUGAUAAGCAGCUAUAUCCAAAGUUGGUGGACCUUGUCGAAGGGAUGGCGAAAAUGUGGGAAACAAUGCAUGUGCAUCAUGGCACCCAGCAUAAGAUUGUUGCAAACCUCAGAGCAUUUGCCAUCUCAUCUUCUCCCAAGGAAACAAGCGAACAACACCAUGAAUGUACCGUCCAGCUUUGGCGAGUUGUGAGAGAGUGGCAUUCACAGUUUGAAAAACUAAUGAAAAAUCAGAAAGAAUACAUCAAAUCUCUCAAUAGCUGGCUAAAGUUGAACCUCAUUCCAAUUGAGAGCAGCUUGAAGGAGAAGGUGUCUUCACCUCCACGGCCAUCUCGACCCCCUAUCCAGCCCCUGCUGCAUUCAUGGAAUGAUCAGCUCGAGAAACUCCCAGAUGAGCUGGCCAGGUCUGCUAUUUAUAGCUUUUCAGAAGUCAUACGUACAAUUGUCGUGCAUCAGCAGGAAGAACUGAAAAUGAAAGAGAAAUGUGAGGAUAUGCGUAAAGAGUUUAUGCGAAAGAAACGGGCUUUCGACGAUUGGUACCAAAAGUAUUUAGAGAAAAAGGCAGCAUCAGGUGAGGAGGCCAAUCCUGAGGGUGGUGAAGGAUCCAAUCAGGACCGUGUGGCAGAAAGAAAGCUUGAAGUAGAUGGUUUGGAUGCCAGGCUAAAGGCGGAGGACGAAAACCAUGGAAAGCUGUGCAAGCAGGUGAGGGACAAGUCGCUUGGGAGUCUUAGGACACAUCUGCCAGAGCUCUUCAGAUCCAUGUCAGACUUUGCUCUCGAAUGUUCUGAGAUGUAUAAGAGGUUGAUAUCUGUUACCCGGUCACUGAACACUGAUUAACUAGCUCAGGAUUCCAGAAGUUUUUUGUAUGGUUAUUCAAUCUGUAUGUAUUAUGUAUUUUCAAGUUCUCGAUUUAUAUUUGUUGCUGUUUAUUUCUUGUUCUGUAUGACAUGAAGAAGAGAUUUUGGACCGUCUGUCAAUGUAAAAAAUGUAUAUUGUUAACAUCUAUUGAUUACUGAAUAUCAUUCAUACUACAAAAU